UGCAGGUUGGCGGUUACCAGAGGAGACCAGCGAAUUGGUUGAAAAACCAGUUUUCGCACGAAAAUGGCUUCUGCCACCUCUGUACUUGAUCUGCGGGGUUAAUGAGAAUGCUCAAAAUGCCUUGUAAAGCGCAUUCCCUCGGCUUUCGGAUCUUUUUCUGUCUUGUCAGGAAGAUUGUGAGAGGGGAGAAAAAAGACUGACUGUACUGCUGACAACAACAGCGUUUUAUUCAUCCAAUGAAGAUGAAACCAAUUUCCUGGUGGAAGCAACUGUUCUUACUCAUUCUGUUCAGUGUUAUAUUUUGGUUAAUAUUUUGCACAGAGAAACCAAAGGAAAAGAUUGAUUGGUGGUUCUUCUAUAGUCAACAGCCGAUCUAUAAGUGGAACUUCAAUUUUACAUUGACUCCACAUCUGAAAUGUGAAGGUGACAAUCAUUUUCUAGUUAUACUAGUUGCUACAAGACCAAAUGAAGUAGAAGCUCGGCAGGCAAUCAGAGUAACGUGGGGACAGAAACGGAUGUGGUUGGGCAAAAAAGUCUUGACUCUGUUCUUGAUUGGAAGAGAUGCUGAACAUGAAAAUCAAGGGAAGCAACCAGUGCAAGAAGAAUUUGCUCAAUAUGGAGAUAUAAUUAGUCAGAAUUUUAUUGAAUCUUACAAUAACCUGACCUUGAAGACAAUAAUGGCAUUUCAGUGGAUUUCAGAGUUUUGUCCCAAUGCUGAAUAUGUGAUGAAAAUAGACUCUGAUGUAUUUCUAAAUACAAAGAAUUUAGUUAAUUAUCUGCUAAAAGUUAACAAAAGUGUUUCCAGUGACUUUUUUACAGGCUAUCCCUUUAUCAACACAGGACCACACCGAGGUUUUGUUAAAAAGGCAUACAUUUCAAAAGCUGACUACCCUUUUAGUAUAUAUCCUCCAUAUUGUAGUGGCCUUGGUUAUGUUUUUUCUGGGGAAUUGAGUUUAAAGAUUUUUAAGUUGAUGGGACAUAUUAAACCAAUUAGAUUUGAGGAUGUAUUUGUUGGCAUUUGUUUGAAGAUAUUAGAUGUAAAUCUACAUAUUCCAGAAAAAGAGUUGUUCUUCCUAAACCAGCUGAAAUUUGACAAAUGUCUGUUCAGCAGGGUAAUUGCAGUACAUGGCAUCACUCCACAGCAGCUGAACAGUUAUUGGGAGGAUCUUCAAGGAUUGGAGAAUACCUGUUGAGCAAGGGGUAGAAAAUGUAAAGGUCUGAAGCUAAUACUAGAUUGCACUUCCUUGGGAGUGAAAAUUCUGGUUGAGGUUUGCUUUCAUUUCCUUUGUAUCAAAUUGGCUGAGUGUAUUUUUUUAUAUAUCACAUUGGCUGAGUAUAAAGAGUUGAGCAUUUUAAAACUUGAGUCAGGCCAAGUAUGAAUCAGCUUCCAUAAUCUCUUUGGUACUGUUCUAAUGAUCAUUUUACUCAUAUCCAGCAUUGUGUGCAAAACUGAGUGCAGGUGACCCCUGCAUUAUGGCUAUUUGGACAUCAAAAAAUAAUGCUUGCUAAGUUCACAAAUUAUGACCCAAAAUAUUGAUAUGCAGAAUAAAAACUACUCUAACAGAAUUUGUGGAAAAUGUAGAUAAAUAAGCACUUGUUUUUCAAUUUGUUUAUGCAUGUGCAAAUGAUGUAACUUUAUAUCACAGAAAAUCAUGUCUGAUUCAUUUUCCCUCCCAGCCACCAUCUCCUGCCUCCUCCCCAUAUCCCUUCAUGUCCUGACUAAUCAAUAAUCUAUCAACCUCUGCCUUAAAUAUACCCAAUGAUUUGGCCUCCACAGCUGCCUGGCAAUUAAUUCCACAGACUCACCACUCUCUGGCUAAAGAAAUUCCUUCUAAUCUCCAUUUUAAAAUUGGGGCUUUGGUUUUGGACUCUCCCACCAUAGGAAACAUCCUCUCGACGUCCACUCUAUUGAGGCCUUUCAACAUUUGAUAGGUUUCAUUGAGGUCACCCCUCAUUCUUCUGAAUUUCAGUGAGUACAGGCCCAGAGUCAUCAAACACUCUUCAUAUGACAAGCCUUCAAUCCUGGAAUCAUUUUUGUGAACCUCCUUUCAACCUUCUCCAAUGUCAGCACAUCCCUUCUUGGAUCAGGGGCCCAAAAUUGUUCAGAAUGCUCUGUGAGGCCUCACCAGUGCCUUAUAAUGUCUCAACAGUACAUCCUUGCCUUUGUAUUCUAGUCCUCUCAAAAUGAAUGCGAACGAUAUUAUAAUGCAAUUCCCCACCCAGUCCGGGGGUUGCCUGUGCACAACUAGAUUGAAAUGUUAAGGAAAUUGUGUUUUUGCUGAUUACUCCUGUGUGUAAAUUGCACUCCUUGGUUCAGUAUACAAGGAUCAGACAGCUUGCUUUAUUUCUGAUUAUUUCAAUUCAUAAUUUUCUAAGAAGCCUGUAUAUAUCACUGAAGCAAAUAAAUGAGUGAACUUAGUUUUUAAAGUUAAUUUGAAUUUUAUUACUUUAUGUAUAGCAUUCAUGUAUACGUCCCAAUGAUUAAACAACUAACAAGUAAAUUCGAUCACUUUAACACGUAGAUGUCAAAUACGCGUGUUUUAAAUUUACCUUUGGUAUAGCGCGUGCAUAAAAAUGUUUGCAUGAAUAUCUCUUGAAAGAUUUAAAUAUUAAUUUCUGGGCACAAUGAGACUGGAGCACUGAACUAUUUACAAUUCAAACACAAACUGUUUAUCGUUGAAUUCACAAAACAUGAUCAAGGUCGAAUUAGAUUGUGUUUCUUCUUUGGUAGAAUGAAGUGGUAAAAGCUUGAAUGCACACUGAAAUCACCAAGUACCUGGGAAUCAAAGCAAUUUGAUUGGAUCAACAGCUUAACAAAUAAAGUUUCGUGUGCUUCAUUGAUAACUUUGUUGUAAAUCAUCAUUUUAUCCAUUUUGGUCACUGAAUGAUGUUAGGUAAAAUGCUGCUUUGAAUCCAUCAUUGUCACGGUCUGGAAGUGGAUUUCUCAACAAGUUUCAUCCAUAGUGUAAAGAGCAUGUGUGAAGUAUUCCUUUUUUAAGUGGAAAGGUGA